CUGGGCAUUACGAAUUGAAUUUGACACGCGGCGAAAAAAUAUAAAAUACGCGAAUGGUACGCCUAACCUUCUAAAUAUAAUGACACGCCAAAAUUCAAAUUUAUGUCAAGUACUAAUAGAAAUAAGCAAGUUUUACGAUAUCGUAAUGUAUUUUCUUUUUGUUUCAGGUUUAUGAUGUAUCAAAGUGUUCUAAGGUGGAAAGUUUGAGCUUAAAAGUGCCAUGGAAUCUGCUACACCCACAAAAACUCCCGUGAAACCAUCCCUCAGUCAAGGGUUGGUCAUGGUGCCUAAAAAUGUUCUGUGUUCUUUCAACUCCAACGUAAAUAAACAUAAAAGAGCAGGUUCUACAGGCACCACUGGCGAUGAGUCCUAUACCACAGACGAAGAAGAUAUAGACGUCGAUGAGCCUGACAUAACGAUAAAGGAACAUGUAACUAGGAAAUUAUUCGACAAUCACGGCGCCGGGGAAUUUGGCUGUUUCUCUGACAUUGCUACUAUUACUGACAAGGUGAGGCGGAAACCUGCGAAGACCUCAAUGCAUAGGAAUAGUUCGGAUAGUUCUGUAUAUAGUGAAAACCUAGAAGAUGACUCUAAGGGCAGUAGUAGCGAUUCGAAAAGUCUUGAAGAUGUCCUCGAUCGGCCAACCACCUGGCCAGCACCUAUCAAUGAGGUUCGUGAGCAAGCGUACCUGCGACUACAGAAUGAGCUGAAGGAAGCAAAUCAAGAGCUGAAACUGAGGGAUCAAGAACUCAACAGAUUGAGCAGGAUAAGGCAAGACGUAGAAUCUGAACUCGAAGAUCUCACCGCCAGCUUAUUCCAGGAGGCUCAUAAUAUGGUGAGAGAGGCUAAUGAGAAGCAAGCAGCGUCCGAAAAAGCACUGAAGGAAAGCCAGAUGAAAGUGGACGUCCUCACCGCAGAAGUUGCUGCUUUGAAAACACUCGUGCUCACUUCCACGCCCAGUUCCCCCAACCCACAUCUACAUCCUCAACUAAACGGCGCUAAGGAUGAGACUGGUGUGGCGUUGUUCAAGAAGCAUCGCCGGUCUCCAUCGCACUUUAAUCUGAAAUAUGGCAGGGAAAAUUCACCUCCAGAUUCGCCAGUCAAGGAAGUGGUGCAUAUCACUUGUGAGGUGGAAAGCAAAGAAGGCUUAGAGGUGGAUCCAGUGCUACACAAAGAGUUCCUGGUCUGGCGCCAAAACCCAGUGCUAGAUAAGGCAGACUGCUUCAUUAGCCGAAUGUACGACGAAGAUAUUCACCUGUGCCUAUGCUUCAACAACAGCGACCUGUCAGGGAAAGUUGUUAAGGCAGUCGAAUCCGGUACAAUACUCAUCGAAGCUGUUAGUGAUAAGACUAAGGCGAUGUUCCCCAAGAAAUGUGCGUUGCUCGAGGUACCAAGACUGUGCUUCUACAGAAUGAAUAUAGGUGAAGCAGAUACAUGGUACAACAUAUCACAAAUCUGUAGGAAUAGGAUAAUUGCCGUCUGUGAUUUUUUAAACUAUUUGAAGUACAUUGAGCGAGGAUUGGUCAAGAGUUCGGUUCAUGACGUAUACUGGGAGAUCGUUCGCCUACGAAAGAACAUGGUCCUAGCUCGAUUAGGAUUAGCACUAUCAUCAUGAAUUCAUCAAAUCUCACCUUAUUUCAUGUGCCAAAACUCAUUUAUAUUUUAUAAGAUCUGAUAAAAAGUCAAACCAAAGAUUAUUUUAAGUUUUUUUCAAAAUUAUCUUUUCAAGAUUGGUAAUACUCUAUAAGCUGUCUUUUAGGUACAAAAUAUCUAGCCAAUCUCCAAUGUGACCUAUUUUAAUUUUUCACUGAAUCAUAUUUUUUUCGACAAAGUAAGCAAUCCAUAGGGUUUGAGGAAACGAUAUCUGAGGAUUCAGUGUUAACCUUUCUUUCUCCGUUUAUUUUAAAUAUUUUUAAUUCUCUCUGAAAUGUGUACAUAUGAUUUUUAGAUAUUCUAUUGUAACGAUUGUUGUAUAUAGGAUGUGAGAUUACCCUUUAGAACCCAACAACAAAAUCAUUUUUUAUUUUUGGAAAUUAUACUAGGAUCUAAUCUGAAUGCCACGUGGCUUACAUCUUUCAGGAUCUUCCACUUCCUCAUGUUUCACACGAGGCUGUUAAUAAAAUUGAGUUAGUUGUUAAAAUUGUAAUAAUGUUUUCAUAUCCAUGCUAAGAUUUAGUUCCUAGUAAUACUUAAAUACAGAGGAGUACAAAGAAUUGACUCCUGAAAGUUUGUUCUCUGUUUACAUCAAGCUGUUUAUUUUCUUCAACAGUACGUACUAGAAAGAAUACUGAAAGCUAAUUAAAAUUCAUUACAAUAUCAAUUAAAAACUACUAAUAUAGAUAUUAUAAUCGACAUCAAUAUCAUUUGUAGCACGUCCUGAUGAAAUGAGACACAAUUUUGAAAGCGUGACAACGAGAGAACAAACUUUCUUGGUGGUUUGAAUUCUUGAACUUGUACUUUGUAUCUUAAAAAGUCCGCCAAGGCUUCCUUCCUCUCUCAGAGAAGUACUACACAUCCAAUACCUAAUGUAUAUUAAGAAUGUUAUUAAAUUUAGAGAAAUAAAAACAAAUUCAAAUCAGA